AUGGGCCCACCGGCCUCCUCCCUUCCAGCUGCCCAGCAUGCGGAGCCUCUGCCCCGGACGGCUUGGAGAAAUGGUUUUCUCGCCGAGCUCGCGUUCACAGACAGCAGCCCACGAAGCGCCUUUUCUGGCCGGGUGCAGGAAGGUGUCACGGUGAGGGUGGCGGCAGAGCUGUGGCAGGUAAAUUCAUAUUGGUUUAACGCGGCUGUUUCACAUUUUAUACGCCUCAAGAGCAAAAUUUCAAAAUUGAAAAAAAAAAUUAAAAAGGUUAAAGUGUUGCUUUUUCAGGAGACGCAGUUGAGGUCAGUGGAUUUGAAUCACGUCAUCGCGCUACUCAAAGAUUCGGGCUCAAAAGAUUUGGAAAAAGAGCAGCUGAAAAGUCUCAAGAAGGUAGUCAAGCAUUUUGAAAAUGGACUUCCCCUUAAGGAUGUAGUACAAAUUACUGAAAUUCUUAACCUGUGUGCAAAAAAAAUGAGUGAACAAGAAGCUUUCACUGAGCCUUUAUGUGAACUUAUUAAAUUGUUUGGGUUACCAUUUCAAAAAAAGAAAUCAUCUGAUGAAGUUAACUAUUCCGUUGAAGUUUCACAAUCCAUUGCACAACUGGGUUACUUGAUGGGAGUGCCAAGCUCUCAAGUUAAAAUACAAAUCUGUAAGAGCAUUGUUAGCUUUUAUAAUAUGGAGCUACCAGGAAAACUACUUUCAGGUUACCAGCCAACAAAUCCAAACUAUAAAACCCAUAUGGCUGAAGAAGGAGGAUUAGCAGAAAUUCUUGUUUUGUCACUAGCAUUUGUUGAAAAUCAACUUACUGAGAAGUUGUGGGUACUUAAAGCUCUCCAGCAUCUUUCCACCUCUGCAAUAAGUUGUGGACAAAUGGUGAGGGCCCAAGCAGCCACCAGGCUUUGUUUGUGUCUAAAUGGUGCUGAUCCCUCAGGACAGCUGGUGCUCCGCUCCUCAGAUAUCCUAUGGAACCUGCUAGAAAAAGCCUCAAAAGAAGAAGUUGUUAAUCAGCUCAGAAGCUUGGAAUGUGUACGUGCUUUGAAAGAAGUAUUUCUAGACCUCAUAUGUGGCUUCCGGCACUGCGAUCAGCAGCUACGGAAUGACCUCUUGGUGAUUGCCACGUUACUAGCUGAAAAACCUGAAGUAGCUAUGAUUGAAAGUGGAUUUGCAGAGAUCUUAAUAGUACUUGCAACAUGUACUGAAGUUAGACUUCCCAAUCCUUUGGUGAAAGGUUUUAAACUUACCUACUCAUACGAGGAUUUUGAGAUGAAGAAGUUACUAUUUAAUCUAAUAGGAAUCUUAUCUAAAGACCCAUCUGCUGCACAGCUCCUCAGAGAAAAUCAUGUGAUGCCAGCUUUGCUUUAUUAUGUAAAACAGAAUCGAAAGCCUGGAUUUCCUGACUGGUCUGCUGCUCAAUAUGAAGAAUUACAGCUUCAUGCAAUUGCUGUUUUAGCUUCAGUGGCUCCUGUGUUAGUAGACAAAUAUUUGUCCUGCCAAGCAAAUACUCUUCUCCUUGUGUUUCUAGAAUGGUGUACAGGCCAAGGUCAUAGCUUUCACACAGAUCCUUUCUUUGGUCAAGGUAACAGUUUCCAUGGAAGAGGUGGCCGUGGCAACAAACUCCCACAAAUGCGCUACAGCCUCCGAGCUCUGAGAUCUGUUGUGGCCCUUUAUGAUGAUGCUGUGAACAUUAAUUUGUGUGACCAGGGAGCAAUUAGCCAGCUACUGGACAUCUUAAAGUAUGCAGCAGAGAAAUGUAAAGAAAAAGAAGAUACCAUUCUACUGGAAAUCCAAGCUGACAUAUUAUUUAUUUUGUCUGUUCUCUGUGAAAGUGAUGUCCACAGAAAGGAACUCUUCAGCUGUGAAGGAAUUGGUAUACUCAUCCCAUUCUUUAAGAUGGAUCCAAGGAAGUUAUGUAGUGGAUUAGGCUACAGUUGUCUCCUCCUCAGUGCACUCGACUGCUUAUGGUCCUGUGUCAUUGGAUGUUACAUUGCAGAGGACUCUUUUAUUGAAAGACGGGGCAUUUUUCUCCUUCUGGAUUUGUUGGCAUUAAAGGAAAAGAACCUGUGCAAUAUAAUUCUUGGAAUCUUGGUUGAAUUAUCUGACAACCAUGAAACCACUUUGUACAUGAACAUCUGGCGAGGGAAGAGAGAUCAAACAGCAGCUAACCUUUUAAUACAGUUAUGGAGACAGGAGGAGAUGGAUUUGGGAGUCAAACGUGAUAAAUAUGGCAAGAUUGUUGACACCAAGAGACCUAUUGCUACCAGCUUCCAGAAACAGCAAAAGGUCAUUCCGGUACCUGCCACCUGUCCCAGUUUUGCCAUCAUGGAAAUUUCAGAGAGCAUACGGGCAAAAAUUUAUUCAUUAUUUUGCAAGCUAGGUUUUGAAAAUUUGCCUGGCUUAUCUGCUAAGGAUUUGGUUACGCUUGCUAUUAUACAACGUUAUAUUGACUUUAAAAUUGGAGAGGUUUGGAGUGAAAUAUCUGCAGAAAUAAAAGAAGAAUUCAGGCCUGUUACAGCAGAUGAGAAAGCCUUAAAACUUAUUUCAGAGGUGUCAGAAGAUACUGGAAGAAUGGUUGUUGCUCUGCAGACUGAAGUGUUGGCAAGAGAACACCACCAGGAAAUCCAGGAUGAGAAAAAAACUUACAAGAAAAUCCAAGCUACCAGUAUGCAGAGAGAACUGACAAAUAAAUCUUGGGAAAAUGUCUUGGCUCGGACAUCAAACUAUGAGGCAUUGAAGAAAGCAAAAAGGCUUCAGCACACAUUAAGAGAGGCUUCCAAAUGUGAGGCAAACAUUCAAAAUGUACCAUACCAUUCUAUUGAUAUUCCAAAACUCCAUGUAACAUACAGCAACUUCAUAGACGAUUUGCGGGUCUAUGUGAGAGGAGGAACUGGUGGAAUGGGUUAUCCUAAUCUGGGAGGGGAAGGAGGAAGAGGUGGUGAUGUCUGGUUCGUCGCCCGAGAAAGGACUACCUUAAAGAGCAUUAGGGAGAAAUAUCCCCAUAAGCGAUUUGUAGCUGGAGCAGGAGCCAACAGCAGUGUUAAAGCUCUAAAAGGUGAAAAAGGAAAAGAUCGUGAAGUUUACGUGCCUUUGGGAAUUUCAGUUCUUGAUGAUGAUGGCAAGCAGAUUGGAGAGCUUAAUGCAGCAGGAGAGAGAUUCUUAGCAGCUCGUGGAGGUCUUGGAGGUUCUUUGGCUACAAACUUUCUGCCUUGCAAAGGUCAGAGGAGAACUGUUCACCUUGAUUUGAAGCUUAUAGCAGAUGUUGGCUUAGUUGGGUUUCCAAAUGCAGGAAAGUCAUCCUUGUUAAGCAAGAUUUCACAUGCCAAACCUGAGAUUGAAAAUUAUGCAUUCACAACAAUACAGCCUGAACUAGGAAAGAUCAUGUAUGCGGAUUAUAAGCAGAUUUCAGUAGCUGAUCUCCCAGGACUGAUUGAAGGUGCACAUGCAAACAAAGGAAUGGGCCACAAAUUUCUCAAACAUGUAGAGAGAACCAAACAGCUUCUCUUAGUUGUUGAUAUUUCUGGGUUUCAGCUGUCUAUGAAGACUCAGUUCAGAACAGCCUUUGAAACAAUAUUGCUUCUAACAAAGGAACUGGAGCUGUACAAAGAAGAACUUGUAACAAAGCCUGCACUUCUUGCCAUUAAUAAAAUGGAUUUGCCUUGUGCAAAGGAUAACUUGGAUGAACUUAUGACACAACUAGAGAAUCCUCAAGACUUCUUUCACUUACUAGAGGAAGAAAUGAUUCCAGAAAAUACUCUUGAAUUCAGAGAGGUAAUUCCUAUAUCUACGUAUACUGGAGAAGGAAUUGAGGAACUCAAAACAUGUCUAAGAAAAUCCAUAGAUGAGCAAGCAGAGCAGGUGAAUGAAGAAUAUCGGAAAAAGAAACUCCUGCUUUUACAAACUUCCAAAGAAGAGCAAAUGAAUAGAAGCUGACAUUCCUGA